AUGUAUCAUUGUAGUACACAAUAUAGAAAUUGGACUUUUACCGAACAACAAUUGAAAGAACGUCGUGCCAAAUCAAAUGCUGAUUAUAUUGAAAGACAUAUACAGGAGAGAGAUCGAUCUGAAUUUUUGACUGCUGAUGAAGAAGCUGUUCUAUUACGAUAUUAUGAAAUGCAAAUGAAAGAUUUCUGUAAUAAAUUUCGUCCACCCAUGCCAAAAAUGGUUAUUGCUACCAGUUUACAAUAUUUUAAACGCUUUUAUGUUCGAAAUUCUGUUAUGGAUUACCAUCCAAGAGAUAUUUAUUUGAUAUGCGUUUAUUCAGCUUGUAAAAUUGAUGAAUUUAUUAUAUCAAUAAUUGACUUUAUUCGUAAUAUUAAAAAUUGUUCAAAUAUUGAGCAAACAGCUGAUGUUUUGUUAUCUUAUGAAUUGUUACUUAUUGAAAAACUUGAUUUUCAACUCAUUGUACACAAUGCCUAUCGACCAUUUGAAGGUCUUAUUAUUGAUUUAAAAACUCAUUUACCACCAGAAAAAGUCAACGAUGCUGAUCAUUUAAGAAUGUUAGGAAUGAAUGAAUUUUUAGAAAAAACAUUAACAUCGGAUGUUUACUUUUUCUUUCCACCAUCUCAGGUAGCAUUAACGGCACUCGUAUUUGCAUCAGUUAAAGAAAAAGUGGAUAUUGAUGCUUAUAUAGUAGACCACAUAUGUAGUAGUCUUGAUAGAGCCGAUUUACAUAAAGUAAAAGAUACGAUACGUUUAAUUGCUAGUGUUGUCAAUUCAACGACUCCAUUCAACAAAAGUGAAGCAAAAGCAUUAGAUAAAAAACUUGAAAAAUGUUAUAAUCGCGAAAAUGAUCCACGAUCGGCACACCUUAAUAAAUUAGAUGAAGCGAAUGGAUAUUAA